UUUGCUUUUCAUUCAAAGAAAACACAAACUUCUGGAGCUUCACCGCCAUGAAAGCCGCCUCGGAAACCCUGCAUGUGGCCAUUUUGGCGUUCCCCUUCGGCACUCAUUCAGUUCCUCUGUUGAACAUUGUCCAGAGAAUCGCAGCAGAUUCACCCAAAGUCACAUUCUCAUUCUUCUGCACCGCUACCAAUAUUGCCGAUGCCCAUGCCUCCAUUUUCCUUGAAUUUCCCAACAUUAAGCCUUAUAACGUGAACGACGGCGUCCCGGCGGAUUAUGUCCCUUCCGGACAUCCCCUGGAGCGGGUUCAUCUGUUCCUCAGGGAAAUGCAGAAGAACUACCAGCAAGCUAUGGAACAGGCCGUGGCGGAGGAAGGGAAGAAGAUCACGUGCAUUGUCACGGACGCGUUUCUCUGGUUUGGCGCAGAAAUGGCAGAGCAAAUGCGUGCCAAGUGGAUUCCUGUUUGGAUGGCUGGCCCUCAUGCCCUGUUAACUCAUGUCGUCACCGAUCUUCUUCGCCAGAAAUUUCCUUGUGAUGAUGAUGCCUGCGCAGACCAAAUCCUAAGUUUCCUUCCUUGCUUUUCUUCAGUGAAGGUCAGGGACUUACCCGAAGGAAUUGUGAGAGAAAUAGAGGAACCUUUUGCAUUGAUGAUCCACAAAGCAGGACAAAUGCUACCAAAAGCAACCGCAGUAGCUAUAAAUUCCUACGACACAAUCCUCCCUCCCAUUGUGAACGACCUCGAAUCAAAGUUCAGAAUGUUACUCCACAUAGGACCCUUAGCUUUAACCACCCUACAACCUGCGAUCCCAGACAAACAUGGCUGCCUUCAAUGGCUUGACAUGCACAAAACUGCAUCAGUACUGUACAUUGGCUUUGGAAGUGUCAUCUUACCUCCCCCACAUGAACUAUCUGCUUUAGCACAAGCCUUGGAAGAAGGCAGAUUCCCAUUUAUAUGGUCAUUUAGAGGCAACCCUGAGAAGCAAUUACCAGAAGGAUUCUUGGAAAGGACAGAGAAACAAGGGAUCGUUGUUCCUUGGGCUCCUCAAGUGGACAUCCUUAAACAUUCCUCGACUGGUGUUUUUAUGACACAUUGUGGGUGGAAUUCGAUCUUGGAGAGCAUCGCAGGUGGUGUGCCCAUGAUUUGCAGGCCGUUCUUCGGAGAUCAGAGGUUGAACACUUUGAUGCUGGAGAGGGAAUGGGGGGUAGCCAUGGCUGUUGAGAAUGGGGUUAUUACUAAGGAUGAGAUCAUCAGAGUUUUGGAAUCAAGCUUGUCAGGUGAAAAGGGGAAGACAAUGCGCAGUAACAUUGGGUCUCUCAAACAAUCCGCCAUGAAAGCUGUUGAACCUUGUGGCAGCUCUACACUGAAUUUUAGUACUUUGAUUGAAUUGGUCACGACGUGAAGCUGUUGAUUGAGGAUAUCUCAUCCUCGCGAGUAGUAAUAAUUUAAUUGAAAUAGGAGAUGGAGGGGAGGAGCCGAGGAGGUGAUAAAUUUUCCUUUUGCUGGUGUAAAUCUCGUAAGAUUAGAGCUCAUUUUCUGGUUAAAAUCUAAAUUAAAUUGCUCGAAUUAACUUCAGCUGAAAUGGGAAGAGGAAAUGGAAUGUGAAAGGUGAUGACACUGUUUACA